GAUCGCUUUGGCGCAAUUUUAUUAUUUAUCUACCCAGCUGUAACGUUUAUCAUUAGCAAUUUGUAAUCCUAAAAAAACACUGUGAAUUUCGUGAAUCGUCUCAAUUAAACUAUUUUUGUGUAUCUUUUAACUGUAUCACUACUUUUAUUUCGUCAAAAGUAUCACCUUCCAAAUGCCCGCCAUGGAAGUGACCAGCAACAAAUUUAUGCAGCAGCGGUUCGAUCGUCAAAAGCACGAAAUUGAAUCGUUUGUCGUCCGUAUAUAUCGGCACAAUCUGAUCAAGGAUGGGGGCAUUAUAAAGCGGAAGUUGCGCGAGAAACUCUUCGAGGAGAUAAAGUUACGCCGAAUAACCCGGGUAAAAAUGGACGAACUGGGUUGGGUGUUGAUGAACCACGAUCUCAUUAACCGGAAUAAGGGCACGGAGGUCGGUAAGGAGGGAGAACAGAAUCCGGCGCCAAGUUUGUUCCUGUUCAAUAUGGAGCGUUUGCGGGAUCUCCUCGAGUCACACGAGCAGCGAAACCAUGCCGAGCUAACCGCCAAGAGAAAGGACAAGCAAACGCUCGCCCAGGAGGUUGCGCUGCACAACGACAAAGCACUGCAAGAACUUCGCGACAUGGUGGAGGCGAAACGUCCGCUGGCCACCAUCCGGCACGUCACGACGAUCGAGCGGAUGCUGAAGCAGAGUUUUCCGCCGUCCUCGCGAAAUUGCUUCGUGUGUCGGGAGUUUUUCAAAACGCCCGACCAGUACUCGAAGCACUUUGAGGACGUCCACGGGGAGGUCUUUCGGAUUUCGAACGAUGACGAGCGGUUCUCGACCGGCCAGAAGCUGGACGUGGUUCAGCACUACGACGCGUUGAGUCCGGUGACGUUGUUCGAGAUCCGGAACAACCAUCACGUGGCGAUGCAGGUCGACGGGGUGUAUUUGUACCACACGACGCAGCAGCUGAUGCCGGUCAUGCGGGACGUGUGGCCGAUUACGAUCAACACCGGGGACUCGUUCAAGUUCUCGAUAACGACGGGGAUGUUUCUGGUGGCGGAACACGAUUACAGCAUUCUGGUGCACUUUAAUCGCGUGCUCGAGUACAUCGAGCAGUACCACUUCCGGGUGCUGAAGGAACCGGUUGAGCUGCGUGUCAAGGACAACCCGAUCGCGCUGAAAAAGCUGGAGGAAUAUCCGCCGCCGCCGGAGAUGGUGGCCGUGUUCAAGAACGGGUUCAAAAUGGUGGAUUCGUACACGGUCAAGGAGCGCAAGAUGUGCGAGGACAUUCGAUCGUUCAUGGACGCCGAUCCGGAGACGCGACUGAACGCGGCAAACUACGUGCAGAUUCUCCAGCUGAUGAACAACGUCGAGGACUACAACGUUCAGUUCGAGCUGUCCCAGUACGACAUGAAGGACGUUCAUUUGGCGGCUUGUGGAGCAAAGCGGUUCUACAGUCUCCGGCUGAACCAGUUCAGCACUGUUCCGCGUUCGUUGGUCGAGGGGGAUUACAUUGAACUGUCCUACACGAGACCAAACAAGUCGCUCAAGACGGUCAUCGGAGUCAUCUCGCAGAUUUGCUCCAACAAGGUGCUGUUUGAGACGGAGGAACCGCUCAAGUACGACGUUCGCUGGCACAUGAAGUUUAACCCGAACCGGACGCCCAUCCGGAUGGAGUACCAGGCGCUGGAGAUUGUCAAGCGGCACGGACUGAGUGGGUUCUUCUUUCCGACGGUGAUGGUCUGCAAGGUGGCGACGAUUGGAAGGGAAUCCUUCACGUGGUUCAACCCGAACGUGGCCAGCAACGUGGAGCAGCAAACGGCCAUCGUGAGCAUCGUCAACGAGACGGCUCGACCGUAUCCGUACGUGCUGUUCGGACCUCCGGGAACGGGUAAAACCUCCACCCUGGUCGAGGCGAUCGCCCAGAUUUGGAAGCUCAAACCGAAAGCGUUUGUCCUCGUGACGGCUUCUUCCAACUACGCGUGCAACGAAAUCACCCAACGACUGCUCGGGGUCAUCCCGAAGGACGAUCUGUUCCGGUUCUUCUCCAAGCAAGCCGAGCGGAUGAUGGCCGACAUGAGCUACGAGUUGAUCGAGUGUUCAAACCUCAACACCGGCUGCUAUCGACUGCCCUCGAAGGAAGAGCUGUACGGCAAGCGGAUCGUAAUCAGCACGCUGACCUCCUCCGGCAAGCUGGUGCAGGCCAACAUCCGGCCGGGCCACUUUAGCUACGUGUUCAUCGACGAGUGCGGCAGCGCCACGGAAGCUUCCGCGCUGGUCCCAAUCGCCGGAAUCAUCAGCUCACCGGGGAAGAUCGACGGCUCGAUCGUCCUGUCCGGCGAUCCGAAGCAGUUGGGACCGGUCACGCGUUCCGAGUUCGCCGCCGACAUGGGCCUGAAACGCUCGAUGCUUGAGCGACUCAUGAACCUUCCGGUCUACCAAAAAUCCAAACUAACAAACCAGUACAACAACGCCCUGAUAACGAAACUCCUCCAGAACUACCGCUCCCACGAAGCCAUCCUGCACUUCUCCAACAAGACCUUCUACCAGAACGAACUGAAACCGUGCGCUGCAGAAUGCCACACCCACUGGGCGCUCAACUGGCCGGAACUGCCCGCCAAGUCCUUCCCCAUCAUCUUCGAAUCGACCAUGGGCAAACUGGCCCGCGAGCAGGACUCGGCCAGCUACUUUAACCAGAAGGAAAUCGAACUGGUCGAGUUCUACCUGCGCAAGCUGUUCACGGACGGCGUCAACGACCGCCCCGUCACCCAACUCGACAUCGGCAUCGUGUCCCCGUACAAAAAGCAGUGCAUCAAGCUCAAGCAGAUGACGGCACGCCACGGCUGGAACGCGGUCGAGGUCGGUUCCGUCGAAGCGUUCCAAGGUCGUGAAAAGCCCGUCAUCAUACUCACCACGGUCCGGUCGGGAACGCGCGGCGUCGGCUUUCUGGACAACGUGAAGCGUCUCAACGUGGCACUGACACGGGCCAAGGCACUGCUCGUUGUGAUCGGCAAUCCGGAAACGCUCCAGAAGGACGCCAACUGGUACGAGUUCAUUCGGUACUGCUACGGCGCGGGAGCGAUCCGAGGGGUCAAGUUCGAGCUGGACGAGAAGCAGCACAAGGUGCAGGAGAUCGAGGCGGAGGGCGGAGGUGGUGGCGGCAAGGACGAUAACUGGGUGCAGGUCCAGCAGCGAAUGGACGCGCUCAUUAGGAAGAUUAGUGAUGUGAAGAUUUGAGAGAGGAAGCGUGAUGUGAUUACUUUUUUGUGGGGCGAAUUUUAUAUUGUUUUUUUUUUUUUUAUUUAUUUAUUUACGUAGUGUUUCGCUGGCGAUCCGGAAGAGUGUUGUUUUUUUUUAAAAAUGAUAUUGAUCAUAACUAAAAGGAAAAUUGCAAAUAAAUUGAUUUAAAGACUGACAGUAAAA